AGAAGCAUCAAACAAAAAAAAAGGGGACCACAUCCACCCCAUUUGACCUUUGAGACAAAAGACCAUCCCCUCACCCCUCUCUCCCUCAUUCCUCUCGGCCAGCACCAACCCCAGAAAGAAAAGAAAAUCUCCAUCUCCCUUUUCCCAUCCUUGAAGAGAGCUCAAGCAAUAGAAGUCCAAGGGGAAAGUUUAAAAGAAGAAAAAAGCUAGGAAAAGUGAGAAAGAUUAAGGUAAUAAUCUUAUAUUAACUUUUCCUUUAUUUUUCUUCUACAAUAUGAGCUAUAUAUCAUGUGAAGAACAUUGAGGAUUGUUCCACAUGAGUUAAGUGUAGAAUGAUGGGUUGGAAGGGGGUUCUAAGUCCAAAAACGGACCUAGGAGCCAAACCGACAAGUUCACCGGAAAAUAACCUUUUAGAGGUUAUUUGUAUUGAUUAAGGUUUUAUGAUGUUAAACCUUGUUAGGAACUUGAUUAAAGUACUUUGGAGCUUCGCCGGAGUUUCGCCGGAGUUGGUCAAAGUUGGCCGGAGUUGGUCAAAGUUCACCGGAAUUAGUCAAAGUUCAACCGCGGAGCGUAGAACACGCUUAAGCUCACUUAAGUUUCAGGUAGGGAGUAGAGCUUGCUACUACCGCUCGUUGCUUCGGGGAAUUCAAGGAGGAAGGCGGGGUUCGUACUUCUCCUGUUUCUGUUUUGAAAACAAUUUAAAUAAUGCUCAUGGACAUUAUUUCGAAUAUUUAUUUGGGGGCUAGCCGCCCGUGGUUGCCACGUGUGGCUUGAAUAUUUGUAAUUAUGUUUCCGCUGCUUAAUUAAAUAUUUUACGUUAUGAUUGUUUAUGGA